CCAUGAGCAAGUUGGGCAAGUUCUUUAAAGGGGGAGGCUCUUCUAAAAGCCGAGCUGCUCCAAGCCCCCAGGAGGCCCUGGCCCGACUUCGGGAGACCGAGGAGAUGCUGAGCAAGAAACAAGAGUACCUGGAAAAUCGAAUCCAGAGGGAACUCGCCCUGGCCAAGAAGCACGGCACGCAGAAUAAGCGAGCUGCAUUGCAGGCACUAAAGAGAAAGAAGAGGUUUGAGAAGCAGCUCACUCAGAUUGAUGGCACACUUUCUACCAUUGAGUUCCAGAGAGAAGCCCUGGAAAAUUCACACACCAACACUGAGGUGUUAAGAAACAUGGGCUUUGCGGCAAAAGCGAUGAAAGCGGUUCAUGAAAACAUGGAUCUGAACAAAAUAGAUGAUUUGAUGCAAGAGAUCACAGAGCAGCAGGAUAUUGCCCAAGAAAUCUCAGAAGCCUUUUCUCAGCGGGUUGGAUUUGGUGAUGACUUUGAUGAGGAUGAGUUGAUGGCAGAACUUGAAGAAUUGGAGCAGGAAGAAUUAAAUAAGAAGAUGACAAAUAUCCGGCUUCCAAAUGUGCCUUCUUCCUCCCUCCCAGCACAGCCGGAUAGAAUGCCAGGGAGAAUGUCAGGCGCGUCCUCCGCUGCACAUCGAUCCCGAGCAGCAUCUUCCAGGAGGGCAGAAGAGGAUGAUGAUAUCAAACAAUUGGCAGCUUGGGCUACUUAAACUGAAAUGGAAUUCAUUGACACCUAAAUCAGUGAGCUGUACAUAAUACAUAAAAAAAUGUUUUUGCCAUGUUCAGAAGUUAACAAAGACCCUGUUUUAUAUUUGCACUGGAUGAGUAAUUGUCUUUUAAGCCUUAUAAAUAAAAGUUAUAAAGAAUCAUGUGUAGACAUCCAGUCAGGGAUGGAAAGGGACUUUCUGCUAGCAUCUUGGAGGAUCUCCCCAUGCUGAUGGGAUGGGGCAUUCUAUCUUGUCAUAUGCUACUGUAUUUCCAGUCCCGGCACAUAGUAGGUGCUCUCUAUACAUUUGUUGAAAGAAAAUGGAUUUCUAUUAACAUAUAAAACAUGUAACAGUUUAUAAGCCGUGUAAAAGUGAUGUGUUGAUAGCUAGAGAAAAUAACUUUCUUUUCUAAGUGAAUGCAAGUUGGUUGUGUGUAUCUGUUGGAACAUAUCUAUCCCAUGGUAAAUGCAAAUACACCAUGUCUCUUGUAGGAGAGACUUCAUGUAGGGAAGUCUUGUGUGAGUCUAUACAUAAGUAGUUUCACUUGAGUUUUGCAGUUUAAAAUCUUACAGGAGCUUUAAUUGACAUUUAUUAUGGCAAUGAAGCUUGGAAUGGGGCAAUGGAUGCAUUUCCCAAAAUGUUUGAAAGCACUAACAGCUUACACUGCUGAGCGAGGAUCUCCUGGGUAUAAUUUAGCCACUUAGGAAGCCAUGUUAACACUCCCAGGCCAUCAUGAUGCUGUUGUGGCUUCAGUGUGCUGAAUGUGUGAAUGUUCAUGUUUUUUCUAUUCUGUGCUUUCUUGUACAUUUAGUUACCCUUUAUGGCAUAUUCCUUGUAAAUACAUAAAAAUAGAGGCAAUUAAAAGUAUAUCAUGAAUAAAAUU